AAAUCAUCGUCAUUAGUGAUUGCAAGUGUUCAACUAAUAUUAGUUAAUUCUUAAUUAAAUUAAUGAUAAUUUGGCGUGGCUAUAUCGUCUACGUAGACUAGGGCACACGACACAAAAAAAGGGGAAGAAAAAUAAGAGAAAUUUAAACAAAAAGGAAACGCAGACGUAUCGUUGUCAUGUUCUCGGCAGAUAUGGCCCGUCUGUCUCAGAUUAGAAAAGAUUUGCAGCUGUACGAAGGAUUUGAACUUCCGCUGAUCAUUGUGAAAGGCUGCUGAAAGUGCUAUCUAUUGUUUCUCACGAUUAUUGAUUGUGGCGAUUGCUUAGAAGUGUGCCUGCUUACCUCAUGAGUUCAACAGUUUCAACAUCUCGAGGAAUACAUUCGCCCGCAAGGCUUGACACGUAUGAAUCACCAGAUGCUGGGGCUUCUGGCUCUUUUAGCCAGCUUGAACCGGACAUAAAUGACGGUGAAACAGAGUUACUCUCUGUAUCCUGGAAUCAGGACUAUGGUUGCUUUUCUGCAGGCACAAGCAACGGUUUUCGUAUCUUUAACUGCGAGCCUUUCAAGGAAACUUUUAGACGUGAUUUGAAAAGUGGGGGAUUCAAAAUUGUGGAGAUGCUGUUUCGAUGCAACAUUCUCGUACUUGUUGGAAGUGGGGACAAUUCCCAAUAUCCACCUAACAAGGUUAUGAUUUGGGAUGAUCAUCAGAGCCGAUGUAUUGGUGAAUUUUCAUUCAGGUCUGAGGUUCGUUCAGUAAGAUUAAGGCGUGAUCGCAUAGUUGUUGUUCUUGAGCACAAGAUAUACGUUUACAACUUUAUGGAUCUGAAGCUGCUGCAUCAGAUCGAGACUGUAGCAAAUCCUAGGGGAUUGUGCUGCCUUUCACAUCAUCCAAAUACAUCUGUGCUGGCUUGCCCAGGCCUUCAACGAGGACAAGUUCGGAUUGAACAUUUUGGGCUGAACAUGACAAAGUUAAUAAAUGCUCAUGAUUCUCAUAUUGCAUGCUUCACAUUAACAAUGGAUGGACUGCUUCUUGCUACUGCUAGUACAAAGGGUACUUUGAUAAGAAUCUUCAACACAAUGGAUGGGACUCGCUUACAAGAGGUACGCAGAGGAGUGGACAGAGCAGAAAUUUACAGUAUUGCUCUCUCUCCGAAUGUCCAGUGGUUGGCAGCAUCGAGUGACAAAGGUACUGUCCAUAUAUUCAGCCUCAGAGUUAGAGUAUUUGGGGAGGAUUUGUCUGCCCAUUCAAAUUCUGCUCAAGGGCCAGCAAUGUUUCAGCAGAAUUCGUCAAAUGCCCUAGAUCCUCUUAUUUCUCAAAACACUGGUGCUAAUUCUAGUUCAUCAUUGUCUUUCAUGAGAGGGGUUUUACCUAAAUAUUUUAGCUCAGAAUGGUCAUUUGCUCAGUUCCGCUUGCCAGAAGACACUCAAUUCAUUACCGCAUUUGGUUCACAGAACACAGUCAUCAUUGUUGGCUUGGAUGGGAGUUUCUACAGGUGCAGUUUUGAUCCAGUUCAUGGAGGUGAGAUGUUGCAGCAGGAAUACAUACGGUUUCUGAAAACUGACAGUAGGCCAAGAUAGAGUUUGUUCGAAUAAUUCCUGGAGCUAUCCAUUCUUUCAUCCGGUGUACAUAUUGGCAAGUUCUGAAUAUCUGUUGGAUGUAAAUAUUUGGAAGUGUUGUGUUGUUCCUUCUUACCAUAUAUCUGGUAAAAUAAAGCCAAUUAUUAUACUUA